AGUUAACAUGCUGUUCCUCGACCAGCCGACCCAAGUCGGCUUCUCGUACGACACGUUGCAGAACGUGACGCGGAACCUCUUCACGGGCCAAGUCACCGUUCUGGAGCCGUCGGACCCGAUACCAGAGCAGAGCGUGGCGUUGCUAGUGGGUACGUUCCCGAGCCAGAUUCAGCAGCAGACGGCGCGGGGGUCGCGCAACGCCGCUAUCGCCCUGUGGCACUUCGCCCAAGCCUGGUUCCAGGAAUUCCCGGGCUACCACCCUGCCGACUCGCGCGUUAGCAUUUCCACUGAGUCGUACGGCGGCCGCUAUGGCCCCGCCAUCGCCGCUUUCUUCCAGGAGCAGAACCAGCGCAUCGCCAACGGUACCUGGAACGACUCGGAUGGCGACAACUACGUCAUCAACCUCGACACCCUGAUCCUCAUCAACUCCUGCAUCGACCGCCAGAUCCAGUGGCCCUCCUACCCCCACAUCGCCUUCAACAACACCUACGGCAUCCAGGCCGUCAACGAGUCCGUCUACCUCCAGAUGGUCGACGCGCUCGAGCGCCCCGGGGGCUGCCGCGACCAGAUCGACGAGUGUCGGGCGCUCGCUCGCGCGCGCGACCCGGAGAACCGCGGGGUCAGCAGCGAAGUUAACGAGGCCUGCUCGGCGGCCGAGACCUUCUGCUCGAACGAGGUGCGCGGCCCGUACCUGGACUACUCGGGGCGCAGCUACUACGACCUGGCGUCGGUCGACCCGAACCCGUUCCCAGCGCCCUUCUACCAAAAGUACCUGAAUCAGCCACAUGUGCAGCGCGCGCUCGGCGUGCCCGUCAACUUCACGCAGUCGUCGCGCACCGUCUCGGCCGCCUUCCGCGGCAUCGGCGACUACCCGCGCCCCGGCUGGGUCGAGGACCUCGCCGAGCUGCUCGACGGCGGCGUCAAGGUGCACCUCGCGUACGGCGACCGCGACUACGCGUGUAACUGGAUCGGCGGCGAGGCCGUCAGCCUCGCUGUCAACUAUUCUGGCGCGGCCGCCUUCCGCGCCGCGGGCUACACCGACAUCGUCAUCAACGAGACGUACGUCGGGGGCCAGGUCCGGCAGCACGGCAACCUGUCGUUCGCGCGCGUCUACCAGGCCGGCCACGAGAUCCCGUCCUACCAGCCGGAGACCGCGUACCGCAUGUUCCUGCGCGCACUCGGAAACCGCGACAUCGCAACGGGGGAGGUCGACCUGGUCGGCGCCGCUGAUGAGUACUCGACGGUGGGGCCCGCCGACACCUGGGCCAUCCGCAACGAGGACCUGCCGGAUGUGCCGCACUUCUGCUACGUGUACGACGCGUCGACGUGCACGGAUAGCCAGAUCGAGGCCGUGGUCAACGGCAGCGCAGUCAUCGUCGACGGCAUCGUCAGGGACGAAAUCUCGGAGAGGCUGUUCCCCGAAAUCUUUGGUGGUGGCAGUGAGGGCGGCGAGGGCGGCGGGGGCGGCGAGGAGGGAGCUACUAAUACGCCCGGGAGUGCUGCUACCCGAUUCGACGCCCGCAGCGUCGCGGUCUGGGCGGCGGUUAUUGCUAUUAUGCACCUCGUCCUGUAAUCGUGACUUGUUCGGGGGGUAUGCCAGACCAGGUCUUAUUUUAUGUGGAAGGGAAGACAUAGCUCUCUGAAGAUAAUGAGAAUCGAACUUCCGGAUGAAAAGGAAUUCACACGCCAAUGUCCUUCCAUUGAACGUGAACCCCUAUUUUAAAAAAAACAUUUUGCCUCGGAAUAGGACCGGAGAAGAAAGGGGUCUCGUAGGACAGUCACCUUCCAGCAUAUCCUUCUUAAGCAAUGGUGCCGGGCUAUUAGCGGAAGUGAUGAGCAUGUAGAUGAUCGACUGUCCAUGGCCCGUUGGUAAAAUACAGAGGUCGUCGCAACUUCUCUCAACUUCCACACAGUGUCCAAGUCUGGUCUUGGGGAUGCCGGGUCUAGACCGGCCGGGUGAUACGCAGUAUCUUGAUAGGCACUGCAGCAGCGUAAAAGAGCGCUUUUUGCUGGCGCAUCGGCUUGGGCUCGAAAUCGACGUCCGCCACUAGGAAGCAAUGGCAGGC